AUGAUUCAAAUCUAAGGAUCUGAUACUUAAUAACUUAUUAUUGAAUUAGUUUAGAUCAAUUAACUUUUGAUAAUAUCAGGUGACACAAAAAUGUUAGAUUUAUUAUUGAUAUUUCAAAAAUAAAAGACUAAUAUUGCAUUCUUAAUUCAAUAAGAACUCUAAGGAAUAAUAGGAUUAUCAUGA